ACGGACUGCGGUGGCGGUGCACGUGACGUGCGAAAGCGUUGCCGCCGACGGCAGGGAAAUGGUGUCUUUUGCUUGUCAGGAUGAUCAAAUUUAUUUCGCAAGUAUUGCAUGGUAGAUGGAAUUCCUACAAGUAUCGAUUUGUACCGUGGAUGGCCGUCAAUCUUGGCAAAAACGAGAGAACUCUGCGACAGGUGAAAGCGCGGUCCCAGGACAAAGUGGUGCCGGACAGCAAAGUGUUCGAGUCCCUGUUGAGCCUCUUCAAGGCUCUCUUCGCAAGUGACCUCGAGAGACAGCGACAAGUGUUACACCUCCUUCCGUUUUCGUUACAAACCUCUUACCAAGCUCUUGGACGUAGUGCACAAGUACUGCAGAACUGUCAUCCAGAGAAGCAUGAUCCAGUGAAAGUCAUGCUCGACACGCUGGGUUUCAGUGUUAAACGGAGGCCAAGUUCUGUCCCGUCUGCGGGAAUUGGCGUCUUCGUUGCCAUGGGAACGGUGUCAAAAGGGGCAGUGGUUGCAAUGUAUCCAGGCACAGUCUAUGAGAUGUAUGAGCCCAUCUUCUUACAGUCUCUUUGCAAUCCAUUUGUAUUCAGAUGCAUAGAUGGUAUUUUAAUUGAUGGCAAAGACAAAGGGAUUUCCAAAAUAGUAUACAGGUCAUGUAGUAGCAGGGACAGGCUGGGUGCUUUCACAUUCAGUGACACUACAUGGCUGACUGCUAAACCUGAUAACCCACUGGCAGUGGGUCAGUAUGUGAACAACUGCUCAAAUGAUAAGGCUGCUAAUGUGUGUUACCAGGAAUUUGACAUCUCUACAGAAUUUCCUCUGGAGCUCUGUCAGUACCUUCCAAAUGUGAAUUACAGAAAUGACACAAAAAGGCCAUUAAGAUGUGUUGUUCUUGUGGCGUUGAGAGACAUACGAUCAGGGGAGGAGCUCUUCUCAAACUAUUACACGAACUGGGUCACAGCACCAAAGAAACAGAAGAUCAGUACACAGAGAACACAAAUACAGGUAUAUCGAAGGAGACAAAUGAAACCUUUCAAUAUUUGAAGGAAUGCCCUUCUGGUAAGUGUGUAUCCUAUUUUAUUCCCUGAAAAGGUUUAUUCAUGUGGUAGAAGUAGCCUUACAUGAAAGCACAACUGAGAUGAUGAAAUAUCCUUAAAAAGUAUAUAUACUGUACUUGAGAAACACAAUGUUCUGUGACUGAAGUUAAAAUAUUGUUCCUGUUUACAAUCUGUAUGCUAAGAAAACUGGAAACAGAACAUUUCAACGAAUACAUACAAAAGCCAGUGGUUGUUACUUAAACACAAAUCAUGGUCAUGCUCCCAAGUCCUAAUACAUGAGGAUAAGUGCAGUACUGUGAAGAAGUAUUUGCCUCAUUUCAGUUCUUUCUAUUUUUCCACCUUUUUUGAAAUUAAAUAUGGUGAGAUCUUUCUGUCAAUGCUAGUAGUGUAUGGAUAGUGCCUGAGAUAGGAAAAUGAAAGUUCCUUAACCUAGUCAGGUUUGAAGAUUUGUGGAAAGAGAAUCUGUAGCUAUCAGUCUUUAUGAUCAUACAGUCUACAAUAAGCAAAGUAAAAGCUCAAGAGCAUUUUUACCAUUUUAACGGAUUUUUUUUCCUUUUUUAGAAUUGGACGAAUUGAAUCCCUGUUUCCGGGAUACAACCCACUUGAAUUAAUAUUCUGAAAAAGUAUAGGAUUUAUUUGAGGCCAGAACUUCUCAUAGAAUUGUACAGGAGAACAGUUCAACCUUCGAACCUUUCCAGAUGACAUUGACAGAAAUCUCCAAAAUCUCUGGAGUAUACGAGCUGUUUAAGAAGGUAAAGUUCUUUUCAGGAACAAUGGACUGAGCUAGCACAUGUAAGUAUGAUAAUAGAUUGUUAAUAAGGCCUUACUGUCUUUGACAUAUAAAAAGACUCUUUAAAAAUUAGUUUUUUUUUUUUGAUAGCUGGGUUGGGUCAUAUGCAACUAAAUGCAGUUUUAAGAGACGUCUUAUUCUGUGGUGCAUUCAGCUAACAGGUAAAAAAAUACCUAGGUUUGUUCCUUUGAUAUAAUGUCAUCAGAAUAUUGAGUUAGUAUGAAACAAUAGCCAUUUAAUAUGAUUCUUAUAAACCAAUUUAAGGUUAAGGAUUGUUAGUCUUGGUCAGUAAAUAUUUAUGUUGUCGUAAAUGCUUCACUUGUAACUCUAAGUUUUAAAAAUUUUCAGCCCAAAGUUUUCUCUGAAAGGACGCUUGAGAAAGUAAAGUAUCAUUUGCAUCAUCUUAUACAGUUGCAUCUGAAAUGUCCAAACAGAAUAUAUUAUUAUCCAAAACACAAGAGGAGUUAAAACUUCACUUCUUGUCAUUUGAAGGCAUACUGAAGAACUGGAAUCAGAAUGCUAGCUCAUGAUCUGAGAGAACAAUGUGGCCAAUCUGACAGAAUCUCUUUAUAUGGAUAAAAUUGUGAUUGAUACAAAAUAGUGUGUUGUUUAAAGCAAGAGUUCUAAGGGAAAACAAAACAAGAAAAUAAUAGUAAGAAUAUGAUAAAAUGUAUUAUAUUCGCCUCGAAGGGUGCGAUUCUCUCCAAAUGUCAACUGGACCUAAAUCAGCAUUUCUGUUUUUAAGCAUCAUGAAGGAUUUUGAGUUUGCCAAAGAGGUAUUUGAAGAUUUGUCUUGAUUUCUAUCUAAAUUUGUCAGCAAGGCACACAAUACAUUUACGGUUCUGGUAACACCGUGUGGGGCAUGAGGCAUGAAGUUACAGGCAACUUCCUUAAGGGUAUAAAUAUUUAAGACUAAUGUGUAGGCUAAAAAGAAAGCAUGAGAGCAGUAUAAACCUGCACCCUAGGUCAUGUUGUUCAUAGGGAAGAAUAACUAGAAUAUUCCUAUGUAUUCAUAUGGUAGUACCUCUAUUGUUUGAGCUAAAGAAACAAAUUUGAUGAGACAAGUCCUUUUCAAGUUUGCAGUGUUUCAUGGUAGAAAGAUGAGCUCCCUGUAGUAAUGCAGCAGCAACCUUUUCUUUUAGUAACUUGGCUCAUAUCCCUGAUGUUGCAGGUAAUAUACUGACAUGUUGAGUAAUUUUGCUACAGGAUGAAACCUCAGUGGUAGUUUGUUAUAUUAUAUUAACCAGAACAAUGGAAAAAAGUGACCCAGUGAAACAGAUAAUAGAGAAGAAAAAGAUAAAUAACAAAACAAAUAAGACUGUAAACAAGAAUGGCAGCAACACAUAAGGAAACCCCUCCCUUUUCCCAAAACAAACCCCCCAAGCUAUGGAUGCAGUGUAGAAAUGAAUCUGAUUUCAUACAAAUCUUCUCAGUUUUCAACCACCGUUGCUACAAUUCCAAUCAGGAAUAAAGUAAAAGGUUUAAAAUAGUAUCAUAAAUAUGCCAUUGCUUAUUGUAAAGCAAUGUGGCACACCUUAAAACUAUACAAAUACAGUCAACCCUGUAUCAACUGCAAUAACACUAUGAAAUAUUGACAUGUGGAAAAAACUGCCUUUUAAAUUCAGUGUAACAGGAGAGCUAAACACAUUGCACUGUUUAUGCUUCAAACAGGAUUCUCCUGUGUAUCUAAUUACCUUGCUGUGUAAACAUGGAUAUUUGUAGAAAUCAUUUCAAUACUGAAAAGUAUUCAGCUUGCAUUCUGUAAAAACUAUAGUGCAUUUUGUCCGUUUCCCAUUUGCUUUUGACAUAUCUAAGAACUGCAUGUACUGUAUUUGUCAAUUUAUUAAAAACAUAUCCAUAUACAUUGUAAUUGCAGAUAAAUAGAUCAAAGGAUGAAUUACAAUAGUAUGUCAAUGCAUCCCCUUAAUUAUAAAUAAAACUAAUUAAUUGCUGGUGAUAAAUAUUUAA